UUUUUGCUCUCUCUGUUGUAUGUAGGUUUUGAAUUGCAGAGUGCAGCAAGCGAGCGCUGCGAGCGUCUUAUUUUGGUGAGAGUGAGGCUACAAAUUGGUGGUGGGUCAAUGGGGACUAGAGAGGUAUACGAGCAGAAAUUAAGAACCGGAAAUCUCUAUCACGAUCCUACUAUCAAACCUGGACUCGGUUCCCCUCGCUGCCCUCGCUGCCUUUCUCUCUUAAACCCUAUUUCUGCAAAGGGAGAAUGGACCAUUACCUCUAUUUUACAUGACGCAACCGCUGUGGCUGGCUCGGGUAUUGGUGGAAUGCUUAGUGCAGUUCAUGGUUUCAAUACCGGGAUUCCAUUCCUUCAGAAUCGAUUGAAGGGACCAAAGUGGCUUCCUUUCCUAGUCGGGCUUCCUCCACUGCUUGCUGUCUCGGCUGCCAGUGCUGCAUUUGGAGGUUAUGUGCUUCCAAAGUUUGCUCAACUUACUGUGACAUCCUAUUAUGCUUCCUCAAGUGUCUCUCAUUAUGGGAUUUCACUCCUCACCCGACAUAUUGAAGAGUCCUAUACUUCCCGAGCUCAGCAAGAAAAGCUCAGAUGAUGUCUUGCAGAUGUUAUCAACAUGGACGACUGUCAUAUAAUGGUAUAAGUUGUCAAAUAUAGGGAUAACAACUGUUACUUUACAAGGUACAUUAUAUUAAUUUACUAAAAGAGUUGUUCUUUUGAAAAGUGCAGAUGACCGUUUGGGCAUCGUUAUAAUUUCACCGUGACCUACACUGUUCAUUUUUACAGUUUUUAUUUUAUUUUAUUUUAUGUUUUGGUCAUCAAACUUUAUUUUUUUUUUUAUAAUUUCAUCCUCAUAAGUUAUAUUA